AUGCAUUUCCCAAUCCUUCUUCCGAUUCUUGCCCUGCCCGCGGCUUUCGGCCAGCUCAACAAACUGGCCAAAGCCAAGGGCCUGAAGUACUUUGGCUCAGCUACAGACAAUCACGAACUGACAGACACUCAAUACGUCGCAAUUCUCUCCGACACCAAUGAGUUCGGCCAGAUCACCGCGGGGAACGCCCAGAAGUGGAGUUACACAGAGCCGACUCAGGGAAGCUUCAGUUGGACCCAAGGAGAUGUCAUUUCGAACCUGGCCAAAAGCAAUGGACAGCUCUUGCGAUGUCAUACGCUGGUGUGGCAUUCUCAACUUCCGGGUUGGGUCACUUCUGGGACGUGGACGAAUGCGACCCUCAUCGCUGCAAUGAAGAACCACAUCGCCAACGAAGUCACUCAUUACAAAGGGCAAUGUUAUGCCUGGGACGUCGUCAAUGAAGCUUUCAACGAAGACGGGACCUGGAGACGUAGCGUUUUUUACAACAUUAUCGGCCCCGAAUUCAUUCCCAUUGCUUUUCAGACAGCUGCGCUGUACGAUCCCGAUGCCAAGCUCUACUACAACGACUACAAUAUUGAAUCGGCCGGAUCCAAGGUCACCUCAACACUGAGCCUGGUCAGGAGUCUCAAAGCCCGCGGCAUCAAGAUUGAUGGGGUGGGGAUGCAAGCCCAUUUCAUCGUCGGCUCGACUCCCAGUCUGUCGGCGCAGACCUCCAAUCUCAGGAGCUUCACAGCUCUGGGUGUUGAGGUUGCCUAUUCCGAGCUCGACGUGCGAUUCACUUCAUUGCCGCCAACUACCACUGGCCUGGCCCAGCAAUCAACAGACUACGUCAACACCGUCUCGGCCUGUCUGGCCACCGUAGGCUGUGUCGGAAUCACCCUCUGGGACUUUACCGACAAGUAUUCGUGGAUUCCGGCCACCUUCUCGGGUCAGGGACAGGCUUGCUUGUGGUAUGCGGACUUCACGAAACAUCCUGCGUAUAAUGCCGUGGUGAGCGUCUUGGGCGGCACGGCUAGCUCGACAGCGGCGGCUACCAAGAUGUCGACAGCGACAUCGGCUCCAGCGUCGACGGCGACCUCGGGAAUCAUUCCGAAGCCAAGUGCCGCACCACCUAUUAUCCAACAACAUGCUUGCUUUCUCAACUAUGCUGCCGACACGGCCAAGGAUCUGCGUGGAACAUGUUCUUCCCCGGGUCGACUCGGCGACGAUCUCGAAGAAAACUUGAAAAUUUGUCAAAGCGGUCAGGUCGCAUGGAGUGGGUUGUUGGUUGAGUUUACCCCGGACUUCAGUCACCAUGGGCCAGCAACCAUCGAUCCCCACGGAUCUCUCGCGAGAACUCCAAGUGAUAGGCGCGGGAUUCUCCAGGACGGGGACCGUUUCGUUCGCCAUGGCGCUGGAGAGACUCCUCAGCGGCCCCGUGUGCCACAGCGGGACCGCCAUCCUCCUCCGAGAAGAAGCGUACGUGCAGAAGUGGAUUGCCAUCCAGCAGAAGGGGGCCGCCGAGGAGGUGGUGGAGCGGAACCUGCGGGAUCUGACCGCCGGCUACGUGGGCACGACGGAUACGCCGGCCAUCCAGUUCACGGAGGAGCUGACGCGCCUCUACCCGGAUGCCGUCGUGAUCUGCUCGACGAGGGACCAGGACAGCUGGUGGCGGAGCGCGCAGGCGCUGAUGCAGAACACCGGGCUGUGGUGGCUGGAUCUCGUGUUCUGGCCGGUGCCCACGCUGAGGCUGGAGAAGGUGUACCAAACGAGCAGAGACAACAUGAACGGUCCUCCUUAUAUUCGUCGGGUGGUGCCGCCGGAACGGCUGUUUUUCUUCAACGUCAAGGACGGAUGGGAGCCGCUUUGCAAAAUCUUGAACUGUCCGGUACCAGACGAGCCGUUCCCGAGAGCAAACGAUGCGAAGGCCAUGCAGGAGUUUUUCGAGAAGAUGCUGAAAGCCGCGCUGGUGAAAUGGAUGCAGAUUUCUGUUAUCUCGGGGGCGUGCAUCGCGAUGGUUUUCUGGGCUUGGAUAAUUCUGAAAGAGAUGAAGAUACCAAGGUUUUCAGUUCAAGAAAUGGAUCAGUCGAUUGUAGCCUGAAUAUCGGCCCAGCGGGAUACGGUCCUCUGUCCUGGAUCGCCCAAGCCGACCGACCGGGUGCUUCCAAUUUUGACAGGAGAAUGUUGGUUAUGAAUUCUGGUAUCAAUUGCGCAAAGAUUCAGACUUAA